AUGGGACCAAUCCCUACAACAUGUCAAGACAUGAGAGUAGCAGAACUAAUAUGCCCCCAAUCAAACCAAUGGGAUGUAGUGAAGAUUAGAACCAUACUACCUGAUUAUGAAGAGCAACUCCUACUCCUACAACCUAGAAAGAGAGGAGUUGAGGACAAACAUAUAUGGCUACCAACCCCCUCUGGUGAAUAUUCUGCUAAAUCCAGAUACCAUUCUGCCAUAUCAGGAACAGUGAACACACCAAAUCAUUCAAGCCAGGAGGAAUUUAAUUGGGAGAAGGAAGUCUGGAAUGUUAAAUGCUUACCGAAGGUCAAAUUCUUUCUCUGGAAAGCUUUGAGAGGUGCUCUUCCCCUAGGAGAAAAUCUGAAGGGAAGGGGCAUAAACCUGGAGGCAGGAUGCCCUUUCUGUGGACAAGAGGAAUCCACUAUUCAUCUGUUCUUCCACUACAACUUUGCCCAACAGGUUUGGACUCAGGCACCAGUCAAAAGGAUGUUAGAUACAUCUCUCAUAUCAAGCUUUCGAAAGGGAAUAGAAUUGUUAAGCAAAUUACAAUGCUUACCCCCAACUGGAAUUUUCGAUGGCUCGCUUGGUGUCUGGAUCAUCUGGUAUAUUUGGAAGCAUAGGAACAAGCUUCUCUUUGAGAAGACGGUCGCAUCUGCACCGGCGGUAAUAUCCCAGGCGACUGCUCAAGCGAGGGAAUGGACGGCAUCCCAUAUCUCUCUCUGA